CUGUUUUUCUAUGUGAUAUUUUGAAAUCAUGCAAAAUUUAUUUUCAGUAGAAGAUGAAAUUGACUUCUCAGAUGAUGAAAAUUUUUUAAAUUUACAAGAGAAAGUCAUUAGUUGUCAUCCUAUAAAAAAUUUAUUUAACAAUCAAAAUGUUUCUCAGAUAAAACUUUUAAAUCAAACCCACCCUAUUGUACAAACCCACCAUCCUUCCCAAACUAAAGUUGGAAACAGUACCUUCCAUUCUAACCAAACUAAAUUUGGAAACAAUGUUACUAUUUUUAUUGAUAAAGGAGUUUCUAAUGAUAAUAACAUUUUGUACAAAACACCAAUUAACGAAAAAGUCAGUAAGAAAACAGACUCUAUUGAAAAAUUAGGAUCUUGUGAAAAAAUUUCUAGACUAAUAAAUUCUGAUUCUUCUAAUCUUGAUAAAGAAAACAAACAUUCUCAGUUGAAAGAAAGCAUGGAUAAAGUUGGCAGUUCUAGAGUUUUUUUUAAUAAAAGGUUAUUUUCAUCACCUGUUACUGUUUCAACAUUUGAAAACACUAAAAAUACAAAAAGACUGUCCAAUGAAUCAGAUUUGUUAAAAGAGCCAUCUAUGAAAAAAGUUUGUAGUCGAAAGUCAAUUGAUUGCAUCAAAAAAACAACAAUAAAAACUGCAAAGUUUCCGGGCCCUGCAGGUAGGUUGCCUAAAUUAAACAGUAUUUCAGAUUUAGAUGCUUUAACAUCUCCUAAUUCAAUCAAAGUCAACAGUAAAACAGAAAAAAUUUCUCAUGACUUAUUAAAUAGAUGUGAAGAUUUUUCACAAACAAUGUGGGAAGAAUGUCAAUCAGAAUUUAAGAUGUUGUUUCCUAAUUACUCUUGUUCAACUAUUUCAUCCAUUCUCCUUGAUGCAGCAAAUAAUAAAUUGGAAAAUGGUAAAGUGAAAUAUGUUUGCGCGCUAGUUACAUUUUUUAUGCAAAUUGGUUCUAGUGGAAAACUAGUUCUCAAAGAUCCAACUGGUGAAAUUAAUGCUACUGUGCAUAAGUUAGUAUUAGACGAAUAUGAAGCAGAAUUAAAACCUGGUACAGGUUUAUUAUUAAAAGAUGUGUCAGUGUUUAGUCCAACUCCAAAGAAACACUAUGUCAAUAUCACGCCAACUAAUGUUAUUAAUGUGUUUCCUUGUGUCUUUAAGUCCACACAGGUUCAGCUUACUCAGAUUUCAGAGAAAAUAAAUUUAUUACCAAACCAAAGUGCACAAGCCGUGGAGGAAAGGUAUUUAUUACCAAACCAAAGUGCACAAGCUGUGGAGGAAAAGUAUUUUUUACAUCAAAAUAUAUCCCCACAAAAUCAAAAGAACAUUUUUGUUGCUGAUACAUCAAUUAAGAAUUUAAAUAAUAGCAUUGUUGACUCUCAGUACAUUGACUUAAAUAUUGAAACACGUACACCGAAAAGUAGCAACAACAUUAAAAAGUAUCAUUUUCGUAAUUUAAAUAGCGAUACAUCAAGUAUUAAAACUCAUAUAUUCAAUAACUCCUCAGAUGACACUCGUAAUAUAAUCAAUAGGACCUCGGAAAACACUCAUAAUAUACUUAAUAAGAACUCAAAUAACACUCAUAAUAUAUUUGAUAAAACUUCAAAUGACGCUCGUAAUAUACUUGAUCGGACCUCAGAUAACACUCGUAAUGUACUUAAUAAGACCUUCAAUAACACUCAUAAUAUGCUCAAUAAGAUCUCGGAUGACACUCGAUGCAGUAAUCUAAACAAUGACACUCAAUGUAACAACCUAAACAAUGAGGAUUUUUCUGAUUUUUUUUCUGAUGACUUUUCUUUUGAUUAAAUUUUAAUCAAAAAUCAUUUUGUUUGAAAUUUUUGUUUCAGUUCAGUGUUGUAAAUCAGAUAUUUUAAGAAAGAUAUAAAAAAGGAUUUA